UUCAAGGUUUAGACCAUAUGGACAUUACAAUUAUUUCGGUUGUUUCUCUUCUUUGCUUGAUGAUUCUGUUCCAAAUUCGUCGAAAGUCAUACCCGCCGGGGCCACGUGGAUGGCCCUUGAUCGGGAUUAUGUUGAAGAUGGACCAACUAACGCACCGUGGUCUAGCCAAGCUGGCAGCCAAGUAUGGAGGCCUUCUCCAUUUUCGUGCCGGCUCCAUUCACAUGAUGGUGGUUUCCAGCCCACAAGUUGCCCAGGAAGUCUUGAAAGUUCAAGACAAUAUUUUCUCUAACCGUCCCUCAACCGUGGCCAUUCGUUAUCUAACGUAUGGUCAGGCUGACAUGGCGUUUGCUCACUAUGGAACAUUUUGGAAGCAGAUGCGGACGCUAUGCAUCAUGAAGUUGUUUAGCAAGAAACGGGCAGAGUCUUGGGAUUCUGUCCGGUUUGAGAUUGAUAUGUUUAUCAAAUCAAUCUCGAACCAAACUGGCUCUGAGGUCAAGCUUGGGGAGAUGGUCUAUGAGUUGACACAUGAUAUUGUUUAUCGAGCCGCGUUUGGCUCAACUUCAAGUGAUGAGAAAGAAGAGUUUAUCAAGAUAAUGCAAGACUUUUCACAUUUGUUUGGUGCCUUUAAUAUUGUUGACUUUCUGCCUUUUCUCAAAUGGUUCGACCCACAGGGAUUUAAAACCAAACUCCCUAAAGCCCGCGAUGGGCUAGAUAGGUUCAUUGAUAAGAUUAUCGACGAGCACAUCCAAAAGGAAAAAGUAAAGGAUGGCGAGAACGAUAUGGUGGAUGAGUUGUUGGCUUUUUACGACGAGUCAACUCCUAAUUCCUCAGGUAGUCAAGUCGAUUCAGUUAAGCUUACGAGAAAUAACAUUAAAGCAAUCAUCAUGGAUGUCAUGUUUGGUGGCACUGAGACGGUAGCAGGAGUAAUAGAGUGGGCGAUGGCAGAGCUCUUUCACAGCCCUAAAGAUCUCUACCUCAUCCAACAAGAACUGACUAAUGUUGUUGGCCUCCGUCGCCAACUUGAAGAAUCCGACUUUGAGAAGCUAAUAUACCUAAAAUGUGCUCUAAAGGAAACCCUUCGUCUCCACCCUCCAGUCCCCCUCCUUUUCCAUGAAAAUGCCAACGAUACUAAAGUUUUUGGCUACCAUGUCCCAGCAAAAUCACGAAUCAUGAUCAACUUAUGGGCCAUUGGACGUGAUAAGGGUUCUUGGACUGAUCCAGACACUUUCAAGCCGUCUAGAUUUUUAGAAGAAGGUGCACCUAGCUAUAAGGAUGCUAAUUUUGAGUUUAUACCAUUUGGGUCGGGUCGAAGGUCAUGUCCUGGGAUGCAACUUGGCUUAUAUACCGCUGAGAUGGCAUUAGCUCGAUUACUCCAUAGUUAUACAUGGGAGUUGCCAAGUGGAACAAAGCCAAGUGAGCUUGACAUGAGUGACACAUUUGGGCUUGCUGCUCCACGAGCUGUGCGGCUUGUGGCAGUUCCAACACCACGGUUGCUAUGUCCCCUCUAAUGAAAGGAUAGCUUUUCAUUUAUGAAAACUUUGGAUAAUCUCUGUACAUUUUUUAUGGGCUUGUCGUCUUCCUUUGAGACAAGUUUCAUCUCUUGUGGCAAUAAACUAUCAUUUUAGCUUUCUAAAA